AAAAACUCCCCAAACAUAAACGUACCCUACAUCAAACGACCAAACUCCAGAGUCAUGGCCUACUUUCUCCACGCACUAUUCUUCAAAAGAGAAGGUGCACCAUUCGACAUGACAAAGAUGGUUGCUUUCCAGGAUGCCACUGAGAAAAGAUACAACAUGGCAUUCCAUUUGGAUGAAACCAUACUUCAACUGACUAUACCCUGUUUGCCAUCAACGGAACAGAAAACAAAGGACCAGUUAUUUGCUGCGAUGGAUGAGUAUGAUCUUCACAAUGAAUGGCCAAAGGUGCUUAUUGUCACAAACAAUAACCAGAGUGAUGUUCCAAAGGAAUAUAUCGAUGGAACCCUGACAAGGGAACUGAGUCGGGAAUGAUUGUGAUUGCGGCGAGCUGGACCAACAUUAGUUAUUUAGCAGUCAAUACUAUUUAAUCACGCAAUACUAUUCAUUCUAUUG